CACCGGACGGCUCACCUUCACCAUAGACGUCAGGAAGAGCGAAGGACCAAGGAUGACUGUGAAUAGAGGCCUGCAGCUGGCCGCAGGCUCAGCGGCUAAGAUUACUGAACAGAACCUGAAGGGAUCAGAUUCAGACUCAGAUAGCCUGAAGCUGAGGUACAUCCUCACCAAAGAUCUUCCAUUGGGAAGACUACAGCUUUCUAAAGAAGGAGGAGGAGGACAGGACAAGAUGUCUGUUAAAGGACCUGUCAAGAGCUUCACACAGGAGGAGGUCAACAAAGGUCUUUUGGAGUACAGUCAUGAGAAGGGAGAGAAAGGAGGGAGCGUCUCCUUCAAGUUCAACCUGGUGGAUCCAGAGGGCAACAAACUGAUCGACCAGUCUUUCUUCAUCAGUGUACUAGAGGACCACCUGCCCCCUCUGUGGUAA